AUGAUAGUACAUCAUCCAAACGAUUCUUCAUCAUCAUCAUCUUCUUCUUCGGGUGUAAACGUAUCUGCUCCGGAGAAGAAGAGAAAAAAGUCUAAACUCACAAGUUCAGCUCAAUCAUCCCAUGAAUAUUCUUCCAACAAUUCUUCCAUGAAAGGAUUUGAAAGUAUCACCCUUGAACCCAUUCCAUUUCAAACCAAUGUACAUAAUAUCUUCAAUCAUCAUCAUGACCUCUCGCCGAUUGAACCUAUCAUGAAGCAAGACCAUGUAAGCGGAGCACACAAUUCCCAACAAAAGACAACUCUGUGCUCUCCCAAUUCCUCCUCAAACUGUAAUGCUCUUUUCAAACAAUGUUGUGGAAAGAUUAUUGAGGUUGUCCAAGGUGCUUCCGUAAACGGUGUGAGAAACCCAAGCUCACACACUCAUCCGCAUGAACAUCUGCCGUCUGUGGAACAUUUGCAUCAUGAUGACUCCCGAGAGGAUACGUCAUUCCAUGAGCAAAACCCAAAACCAGUGACUUUACCUCCCAUUCAUCAGAAGGCUCAUACAAGUGAAAGUGGAAGUCAAAUGGCCAAGCAACACUCAAAACACAACUGCAAUCAACAGGAACAACAUGGCCACCCUCAUUAUGAACAUCAUACCUCUUUUCCAACACCUCAAUUUUACAAACGAAGUCCCACUGUGUCAGUCAUGACAAAACGUUGCAACAGCGAGCCAUUAAAGAGAUCUCUGGAACGUACAAUAGGUGGCGAUCAGGUGACUCCUAAAAACCUUCACAUUUCUCAAAUUGAAAAUUACAUACCAAACAUUACCAAUAAUCAUGCUCAAUACAUUUCCGUAACGAUUAAGGUUGAUUCGUUUGUGAAGGGCUUCGAAGUUAAGCAUGAAUAUAUCCAACAUGAGGAUGACGUCUCACCCAUUGUGGACAAGCACGUGAGUCAUGGCAAUCACAGACGAAAGUCUCACUGUACCAGCGUAGUCGUUGGAAGUAACUUGUCACAUUCGUUCAAAUAUCUGGAUACAAUUUAUGUACACAUGACUCUGCCACCCAAUUCCAAAACAAAUAUUAGACCUAACUCCAUUGAGGACUCAUGUCCAGCAAAUGACAUUCCCAAAUAUUCCACAAACCAAAGCGAGGAGCAGGUACCAAGUGACAAUGCUGAUUCUUGUGACAGCAUGCCAAAACCUCGCCGCAAGUCAUGUAAUGGUCAUGCCAAAGUUCAACCUGUGAAAAAACAUUACACCUACCAAAUUGUUGAUUUUAAACUUGUGCGACCAUCUGAAAUUAAACCUUUAGAGAAGCUGAAUGGCGAGGACAUGGUGAAUCAUGGUCAGGAAGAAUUUCAUUCUGAAGGAGAAGACGAGGAAGCUAGUAGUGACGAUGAAGAAGUCAUUCACAUACCAGGAGGAGUGUUUUGCAAAACAUUUAGAGACAGUACCCAAAAAUCACCUUCAAGACCAGAGACAGCGUCAUCAAGUGCGCAGUUGACAAGAAGGCCGCUUUUUUCAACCUUCGCUGACUAUCAUUAUGUGCCUCCAAAAAUUCAUCAAAUCCUUCUUACCAGAAAACAACGAAGAAAUAUCAAAGACAUGAUUGACAUCAUUAAUAACUCGUACACAGAAGAUGUAGAGUCAACUGGAGUUUCUCAAGGCAACUUACCUGUGAAUUUUGUGGACCGACUCAACUACUUGUUGGAGUGUCCAGAUUCCUUUGUCUUGGUUAGAGAUGAAGCGUUUUGUGAAUCCCUCAAUGUCAAGGAUGUAAUGGGACUAAGCAUGUUUGGUUACGCUGCAAAACAUAAGCAGUAUUAUAUUAUCAAUGAGUUGUGUCAAAAACAACCCUACCGAGUGCUUCAGGAUAUUGUGCAAGACAUUGAUCAGCUUGAAUUUAUUGCAUCACUAGAGGACAAACGAGUCAUUCAGUAUAUUAUUCAUUCGCUGAUACAUUUUAUAGACGUUGAAAAGGAAAUUUUGAGAGAAUACUUGAGAGGAUCGUAUCAUCAUCAUAACAUUGAUGAAGGACAUUUGGAUUUCAGUCGCUUUGGAAGCGUUGAACAAUUAGAAUCCUUUUUCAAAAACAUGCUUGUUAGAUAUUUUACUUUUAUUGACAGUGUGUUCUGUGUGGAAGCUUGGACACAAACCGAGUCGAACCCUUUUCUCUCCCAAACUCAAUUUAUUCAAGAAGCCAUCACAACUUCAAAACCCAAAAUACUCAAGUAUUUAAUUGCUGAAGGAGCAUUGAAAUGCAAUGAAUACUGUGAUGGAGGUACUGUAUUGCAUUGGGCAUGCUUGAACAGAUCCAUGGAAACGAUCAAGAUGCUGUUAAAAGUUAAAACUCUCAAUAAGGGUCUCAAGGUACAGAAUUGCUGCAGCAAUUCUCGAUUAAAGCCUUUUCAGAAAAAAACAGCCUAUGAUAUUGGAAAGGAUUUAUUUCAGAGCGUGUCUGAUAAAGGGGUUUGUAAACACAAAGGUGAAUGUAUGGAAUUGUUACAUGAUCUGAAUCCUUCUGCCUCUCACAAGCUCCACAACUUGGUCGGUAAAAUUUUCUCAAAAUAA